AUGGUGCGGCUGGCCGGAGAGCUGCUGCUCCUGCUCGGCCUCCUCCUGCUCAGCCUCCACAUCCCCGUCCUGCGCGGAGCACGAGGCGGCGGAGGCGGCGGAGGCGGCGGCGGCGGAGGCAGCCCGGCCCUCGGCGCCCCCGACAACCGCAGCCGGCCCCGGCAGGAGACGAUCCAUGCCGAGAGCCUGUCAUCUCCUGACUCCGGCUUCACCCUCAAUCCAGAGGACAGACGGAGCUACCCUGACCCCCAGGCGGCCCACCGCCCCUUCGCCAAGCAACGAUUCAGGCAGGAGAACGGGCAGACGUCUUUGCAAAGGGAUGGGCCUCAGUCUUUCCUUCUGGACCUCCCAAACUUCCCUGACCUCUCAAAAGCAGACAUCAAUGGGCAAAAUCCCAACAUCCAGGUGACUAUAGAAGUCGUUGAUGGGCCCGACUCUGAAUCGGAGAAGGAUCUCCGAAAGGAAAGCAGUAAACCCAGCUGGCCUGUUCCCUCGCCGGACUGGAGGAACUGGUGGCAGAGAUCAGCACCCACGGUCACCCGCAUGAGUAGCGGUGACCAGGAUUACAAGUACGACAGCACGACUGAGGACAGCAACUUCUUAAAUCCUCUUGGUGGGUGGGACAGGCACGCACCCAGUCACCGGACAUUUGAGUCAAAGGAACAACCAGAGUACGAUUAUAUAGACGGGGAGGGAGACUGGAGCUCGUGGUCCCUUUGCAGCGUCACCUGCGGCAGCGGCAACCAGAAGCGCACUAGGUCCUGUGGCUAUGCAUGCACAGCGACUGAAUCGCGGACGUGCGACCGGCCCAACUGUCCUGGGAUUGAAGACACCUUCAGAACAGCAGCUACUGAAGUGAGUUUGCUUGCGGGGAGUGAGGAGUUCAACGCCACAAAACUGUUUGAAGUGGACACAGAUAGCUGCGAGCGCUGGAUGAGCUGCAAAAGCGAAUUCUUGAAAAAGUACCUGCACAAAGUGGUCAACGACCUCCCAGCCUGCCCUUGCGCCUACCCCACCGAGGUAGCCUACAGCACCGCCGAGAUCUACGACCGGGUCAAGCGGAAGAACUUCCGCUGGAAAGACGCCAGCGGGCCGAAGGAGAAACUGGAGAUCUACAAGCCCACGGCACGCUACUGCAUCCGCUCCCUGCUCUCCCUGGAGAGCACCACACUGGCGGCGCAACACUGCUGCUAUGAUGACACCAUGCAGCUGAUCACCCGGGGGAAAGGGGCCGGGACCCCCAACCUGAUCAGCAUCGAGUUCUCUGCGGAGCUGCACUACAAGGUCGACGUGCUGCCCUGGAUCGUUUGCAAAGGGGACUGGAGCAGAUACAACGAAGCCCGGCCUCCGAACAACGGGCAGAAAUGUACAGAGAACCCUUCGGAGGAGGACUAUUACAAACAAUUUCAGGAAGCGAGGGAAUAUUGAAA